AUCUUGCCGGGGGCCAAUCGUCGUUCGCCGUCGUGAUGAUGAUGUUUUCGUCGUCGUCGGCGGUGGCGGCUGCCCAUGCCUUUAUCGUUGUUGCUAAUUUCGCACGAAACAGUCAUUUUAUUGCCUGUUUAUCAGGCAGCAAAACCCGAGCACCGGGUCUUCGCGCACGAAUGAUGCGCACACACCGCUGGAUAAUUUGGCGAUCCCGUCGGGGGGGCGGUACGGCUUCAUUCACCCGCCCAGGGUUUCUCGAACGCUGCCAACCGUUUAUGGCCGAGGGUGGUGAUAAACGGUUGAUAUAUGCCUAUAAAAACUACAUCCGAUAUGUACAUCCGAAUUCAGUGUGCCGCGAACCAAGAAACCAUAUACACAGUGCAGAGAGCGGUCCAGACCACUGCCCGAGAUUGUCCAGCAGAGUUAGAAACGAUGCGUCAAACGUUGAUGCGGGGCGUGUGUGGUGCGCCGUUCAUGUUGGUGUGGUUGAUGCAAACACUGCCGGUGGCGAACAGUUUGGAGGGAUCGCGUCCUAGCGGCGUACAGUGUGUGACGGAAGGUGCCAUCCCGGACGAGGCGUCGGACACGUGUGCGACGUACUACCGGUGUGCAGUGAACUCCGCCCAAGUGCUGGAACCGGUGUUGGCGCAGUGUCCGGUGUCGACCAUCUUUUCGCGUGAACUCGCCCGCUGCGUCGAUGCCUCGGCGUACGUAUGCGGGCAGCGGGCCCGGGAACGGCGCGAAGCAGGAUUUCAGUGUACGGUAGACGGGCGGUUCCCGAACGAAGCUGCAGUCGACUGUAAAUCGUACUACCUGUGCACGAAGAACACGGACGGUUCGCUGAUAGCGGCCCUGGUAAACUGUCCCUCGUCCACCAUCUUUUCGGCGGAAAAGAAGUCGUGCGUACAGUCACCGCCCAACAUCUGUCCGUACGCACCGAUAACUACGACCUCCGUGCCACAAUCAAGCACCACGCUCGGUCCGCAAACGGGCCCGUUCGUGUGUCCCGGCGAGGGACGGUUUGUGAAUGAACAGUCGCCCGACUGCACGACGUACUACCUGUGUCUAAUGAUCAACAACAAGCUAGUGCCGCAGCUCUCAUCCUGCGGAUCGUCACUCAUCUUCUCGGCGAGCGAGAAGAGGUGCGUGUCGGUGGAUGGGUACACCUGCCCGAAGCUAACGUCACCACCGACAGAAGUUACAUCGGACAUUACGCUCACGCCGCCAGCUGGAGCCACCACGACGACCGCUGCAACUACUAGUCCGUCAGUGACUACUCCUUCCACUACUACCACCGGUGCUGAGAUAGAGAUCACAACGCCAACGACUAAACCUACCACCACGACGACGACGACGACGACGACGACAGUUGCCGUGUCCACAGAAACGUCCACCGACACAACCACCUCCACUGUGUCGACUAGUGCCAGCGAUACUACUACUAAUCCAACCACUACAUCUGAAGCUUCCACGACCGGUUCGAUCGACAUUACCGAAAGCACUACUGACGAUAAUUCGGAAAGCUCUGCCGAAACACCCACAUCAACUUCAUCCUCGCCCGAAGCUUCCACGACCGGUUCGAUCGAUAUUACCGACAGCACUUCGUCCGAAGCUUCCACCAGCACCACUUCAGUAGACAUUACCGAGAGCACCGCCGAGAGCAAUGUUGAUCCUACUACCACCACAACACCAACGACUUCAAACACCGAGAGUACGGUGGAUGAAACUACUGCCGAAAUACCGACCACCGCCCAAACGAGCCCUGCAGCUACAACCACCACCACCACAGAAGCUUCUACCACCAUCAACACGGAAGUAACGUCCGUCAGCUCCGCAAUGACUACUGGCGGUGUCGUACCGACCACCACAACGGUCGGCCCGAUCGUUACCACACCGAGCGGCGACGUGUACGUAUGCUCGGCCGAGGGUCGCUAUCCCGAUCCGAACGGUGCCAGCUGCGAGUCUUACAUACUGUGCAUACGGAACAGCCUCGGAACACUUACGCCGAUCCAAUUUUUCUGUCCACCGACCACCAUUUUCUCCGUCAGCGUGGGCCUGUGUGUGCCGGCCAGCUCGCACAGGUGUGUAACGGAUACGGUCACCACCACCACCUUAUCGCCUGCAACCUCCACCACCACCACCACGCCCAUUAUCACCACACCCAAACCGUUCGUGUGUCCCGAUACGGGCCGUUAUCCUAAUCCCGCUUCCAUCUACUGCAAAUCCUACUAUCUCUGUCUGUACGACGGCCAACUUAACCUGAUUGGAGUUGAGUUGAGCUGCCCGUCGGGAUCGAUUUUCGCUACCGACGUGUACCGGUGCGUACCGGAAGGCGAUUAUCAGUGCGUGCUGGGUAGCGCAACAACGACCGUUGCAACCACCACUACGACUCCUCCUUCUACUACUACUACUACUACGACCACCACCGCAAGAGCAACCACCAUCGGUAUGGCCGGUGCGUGUACCGGGGCCGGCAAGUUCCCGUCCGACCAGACGGACGACUGCUCGUCGUACCAGUUCUGUGUACAGCUGCCGGCCGGCGAGCUGGUAGAGUUCAUCUUCAAAUGUCCCGGAAGCACACUGUUCGACGAGCAGAAGAAAACGUGCUCCGAUCGGGUGGUAUGCACGCGGGCCAUCAACUAGCACAGCAUCCGGCGAGCACUGCAAAAAGGGCAACUUAGUUAGGUUAUGUAUUAGAAUAAAGCGCAGCUGUACAAUGCAUGCAGUUUUAUUUAUGUUGAAACGGAUUCGAAUAUAUGCCGAACGUGCUACCUUAACCGUCCGGGGGUAAAAUAAAGCUAAUGAAAACGGUGUAGAAAAACGA